GGUAAAGCACGUUGCUCCUCCAGGUUCCCAUAAUGCUUUUAUGUGUUUACCUCCGCUCUGACAGCACCGGUGCUGCUCACUGGAUCUUCUAAUUACCGACUAGAAUUCAGCAUCUGUCCAGCAGUGCUGUAUGCACUGAAACAUCACCAUAUCUUGGGACAAGUCCUGCAUUAUUCACCGGUCACACUUGGGAGAUUGUCGACAGCUUUGUUAACGUGGGCUUCGGAAAAUUCCUCGCUCUUAAUCUGAGGGCCGUGUCGCUGAGAGAUUGAGUGUCCAGAGCCAACACAUGAUGUUCAAGGACUACAGAUUUGGCCAAGCUGUAGGACUGAAUCCGCUACCCUUUGAUCCUGCCACAAACAACGAACCCCUGCAAUUCAGCAGCUCCAAUGGGCCCCUGGUUUCUGAAUGUCCUCUCGAGAACGGAACAGAAAACAGCAAGAAGAGGAAGAGACCCAACCUUCCUCCAGAGGGUCUACGAAAUAUUGCCAUGGACUCCAACUCUUUGCCGAUGCCCAUGUCGGACCCUAAUGCCUGGGCAACUGCCAUGAACAACCUUGGAAUGGCCCCCAUGGGCAUGAAUGGCCAACCUAUCUUGUCUGAUUUUGACCCCAGCCUUGGCAUGAUGACUGGCAUUGCUCCAAUGAACCCCAUAAUGCCCGGCCUUGGGAUUGUGCCCCCGCCAGUUUCACAAGACAUGCCCAUCGUGAAGGAAAUCAUCCACUGCAAGAGCUGCACUCUCUUUCCACCCAACCCCAACCUGCCUCCCCCUGCCACCAGAGAGAGACCCCCUGGCUGUAAGACUGUGUUUGUGGGCGGUUUGCCAGAAAACGCCACAGAGCAGCUCAUUGUGGAGGUGUUUGAACAGUGUGGAAGCAUCAUCGCCAUUCGCAAGAGCAAGAAAAACUUUUGUCACAUCCGAUUCGCUGAGGAGCACACAGUGGAUAAGGCCCUCUUCCUGUCAGGUUAUAGAAUCAGGCUGGGAUCAAGUACAGAUAAGAAGGACACAGGCCGGCUGCAUGUAGAUUUUGCUCAGGCCAGAGAUGACCUGUACGAGUGGGAGUGCAGACAGCGCAUGCUAGCCCGGGAAGAAAGGCACCGCCGGAGGGUAGAGGAAGACCGCCUACGACCCCCAUCACCACCCCUCAUCGUCCAUUACUCUGAGCAUGAAUGCAGCCAGCUAGGAGAGAAACUCAAAGACGACACCAAAUUUCCCGAGGCGGUGCGUGUCCUGCUGACCUGGGUGGAACGAGGGGAGGUAAACCGCCGGAACGCCAACAACUUCUAUUCCAUGGUCCAGUCCUCCAAUAGCCACAUUCGCAGGCUGAUGAAUGAGAAAGCUGCCCAUGAGAAGGAGAUGGAGGAAGCCAAGGAGAAGUUCAAGAAUGCCCUUGCUGGGAUUUUAGUGCAAUUUGAGCAGAUUGUGUCUGUAUUCCACGCUGCUUCCAAACAAAAGGCAUGGGACCAUUUCUCCAAAGCUCAACGCAAGAACCUGGACAUGUGGCGAAAGCAAGCAGAGGAGAUCAGAAACAUCCACAAUGAAGAGUUGAUGGGAAUUCGAAGAGAGGAGGAAAUGGAGAUGUCGGAUGAUGACAUGGAAGAUGCUCCAGAGAGCAAGGACUCCGAUGACUCAGGGCCGCUGGCGCAGGUGGAAGCUCUGAAAGAGGAGAACGACAGUCUGCGGUGUCAGCUGGACGCCUACAGAAAUGAGGUGGAGCUGUUGAAACAGGAGCAGGGUAAAGCUCAGCCCCAGCGCAGCGAGGAGGACGCCACCCGCCAGCAGCAACUCAGCUUCCUGCAGCAGGCACUGCAGGGCAUGCAGAAGCAACUGCUGAAGCUCCGUGAGGAUCUGAAACAGAGAGAGACGGAACUGGAGAACAGCUCAGAGGAAAAACAACAACUCGAAAGCCAGAUCCAGAGUCUUAAGGAGCGGAUCCAAGCCUUUCCCACAUCACACACUCUGACUCGGGAGACGGCAGAGCAAGAGGACAGAGGAAGCGAUGAAAGUGCAAAUCACGCUAGCGAGGCGGCAGCAUCGGCAGUGGUGUCCUGCAGCCAGGAGAAAGAGAACUUGCCGGAGAAGGGUCCUCCCAGCCCUGUGAAGUCAGAAAGAGAAGCCCUGCUUGUGGGAAUCAUCUCAACUUUUCUUCAUGUUCAUCCUUUUGGAGCCAGUAUUGAAUAUAUCUGCUCCUAUUUACAGCGGCUGGACACUAAGAUCAGUACCACAGAAGUGGAGACGCUACUGGGUCGGUUGCCUUGUACAUUCAAGCAGGAAUUGACAGGUGUCGGGGCAAGUCUGGAAAAACGCUGGAAGUUCUGUGGUUUUGAUGGCAUUAAGACAGCAUAGAGACACGGGUUGGGGGGACCCGCACAGACUCAAAGUAAAUGGCCAAUGGACAGGAGACGUUAACCAAUCACCUGCCAGCUCUCUGUAUCCAUCAGCCCAGCCCCAUGAGAUUCUAAUGUGGAAAUCUCAAAAAGCACUCCAGACCUGGAGAAAACACUCUAGUCUUGGUGAUCCUCAAGACUUUGGUGUGUAGUAUGUUUUAGUAUGUGUACACACAAGCACAUGUUGAAGUGUGUGUGUGUGCAUUAGUACAAUGUGAAUGGACUCAAUGGAGUUCAACCUCACAACAAGACUCUGACCUGUUGCAGCAAUGAAAUACUCAUCGGGUAAAAAAAUCAGGGUCUGCUUGACCGAGGACUGAACUGUCAAAAAAAAGUUAUAAAUAACGUGAAUAUAUUUCUUCUUUUUCUUCUGUAUAGGCUGCAAGCAGUUGCAUAGAAUCUUUUGUUCAUAUACACUGUAAAUGUUUGAAUAACUUGCUAUUUUUAAAUAAAAAAA